AUGGCUUCUCAACGGGUCCUACAGUAUGUUGCUGGAGCAAAGAAAAAGCCCCCGACGGUGUACCUGCGGUGUCACGUCAAGCCAGGCGCAAGCAAAGUACGGGAGGGCAUCACCGCGUUAACUGACAGCACCAUCGAGCUCUGCGUAUCUGCCGUACCCAGGGGUGGCGAGUCAAACAGGGCUGUACUGGCCGUCCUGAGCGAGGCACUCGGCGUCCCAAAGUCAGAUCUGCAAAUCACCCGAGGUGCCAAGUCCAGAGACAAAGUCGUCGCUCUCGCUGGCAAGGCCGUCCAGGACAGCGAGACGGAGUGCGUCGAUCGGCUUUUGAAACGACUUGACGACGCCAUUGAGUCGGAUGGCCCUUGA